CUUUUGUGGAAGUGUUUCUCCUAAAGAGGAACGUUCCUCCCAAAGCGGUGUCACCGUAUUAUGGUUCCCCCUCGUGUUUAGAUCGUAGACUGAGGAACAGACGUUCACGUGAAGCUCGAUAAACUGUCAUUUUCUUCAUAGUUCGUGAAGCAAUUUCUCAGCAUGCAUUUAACUCACGAGCUAGAGCUUUUCCCCGACCUCGCAGUGACUCAAAUGCUUUUCAAGGAUGUCAGAAAUGCUGCAGAGUUGAGACAGUGUGCGGUGGAGGGUAAAAUAAAUGGUGCCUUGAUCAACCCAACGAUGCUGGUGCAUCCUUUCCAAGUGCUGGUAGCUGCCAACAAGGCUGUUAAUUUACACAAAGUUGGGAAAAUGAAGACAAGAAGUUUAAACUCAGAAAUAAUCUUCAACCUGUUACCUACUAAUAAUAUCUCAGAGGCGUUCAAAAGGUUUGGGUGCUCUGAUGGUGAUGACUCUGUGCUGGUGGUCCUGGUUCACAACAAAGAUGAGUCACUGCUUUUGUCAGACAUCACAGCCAGGGUGAGCGGACGGCAAGUUCCAGUGGAAGAGGUUUCCUCGCUGACAGACCAUGGAAAAAUCAGAAAGCUGUUUAAAGUCACUCAGGAGGAGGAGAAGUGUGGGACUCUGCUGGACGCAGUGGUAUGCAGGAUGGCCAUCAAGGACGUCAUAUAGGUGUGAAAGGAAAAAUGAGCAGAACUGGACUUUCUUGCUGUUGAUACUUAAUCCACCACAAUUGUAAAGACGCAAAACAUUGUGUCACAUUUUCCCAGUUGAAAAUAAAAUCUUAUUUUUCACAUAUUUCUUCAUGGA